UGUUUCAUCCAACUCUACCACUUGUUGCAUCAUGUUCAGGACAAAGGAAAUUUGAACUCAUGCCCGAAGAACCUAACAUGGACGAACAAACUAGUCAUAAAACUAAUCAUGAUAAUUCUUUUAAAGUAUGGAAAGUAAUGGGACAAUACGAAUGGCAUCAUUAUGAUGUGGUUUCGGAUAAUAUUCAAUUAUUAUAG